GUGCACCUUCUCAGGCACUAGCAAAGGGCUCUCUGCUGGCUGUGGAUACUUUCCAGCGUGGUUCAGCUUGGUUUCGCUUCCCAACAGACUGCAUGCUUUGCCUGGCUUUUCCAGCCAAGAGCAUACAUGUCUGAGGCACGACUCCAAAGGCCAAAGGAAAGCAAGAAUGAUGAAGAAAAUCCAGAUAUGCCUCUGCUUCUUCUUUGUCUCUGGCAUUUUGUACGAGAUAUCCCUGCUGUCUGGCUGCAUCUUCUCCUGUAUUCCUCUGUCCAAGCACUUCCUGACACCUGAGCAGGUUCUGAGCCUCGGCAAAAGCAUCAUCUUUCUGGAGACCACGGAGCGCCUGGAGCCCCCUCCGCUGGUUUCCUGCUCUGUGGAAUCUGCUGCCAGGAUUUACCCUGACAGACCCGUCAUCCUCUUCAUGAAAGGACUUAAUAACGAAACGGCGUUGGACUCAGACUUCAGCUACACCGCCUUCUCGCUUUUAUCAUCUAUGAACAAUGUCUUCAUUUUCCCCCUCCAGAUGGAAACUCUCUUCAAGGACACCCCUCUGCUCCAAUGGUACAACCAGGUAAACCCAGAGCAGGAGAAGAACUGGGUUCACAUCAGCUCUGACGCCAGCAGACUGGCGCUCAUUUGGAAGUAUGGGGGGAUCUACAUGGACACGGAUGUCAUCUCCAUCAGACCUAUUCCAGAGGCAAGCUUCCUGGCGGCACAGAAAUCCCAGUUCUCCAGCAAUGGGAUCUUUGGCUUUCCUUCCUAUCACAGAUUUAUUUGGGACUGCAUGAAGAAUUUUGUUCUAAAGUACAAUGGGGAAAUUUGGGGCAACCAGGGGCCCCUUCUAAUGACAAGGAUGCUAAAAGCCAUCUGUAAUCUCACAGAUUUUGUAGGCCUCGAGGACCACAGCUGCCAGAACAUCUCCUUCUUAAAUCCCGAACGUUUCUACCCUAUCCCAUACCCAGCCUGGAGAAAGUACUAUGAGGUGUGGGACAAAAGCCCUAAUUUCAGCCACUCCUAUGCGCUGCACUUGUGGAACUUCAUGAACCGUAACCGGAAAGUGGUGGUCGCGGGGAGCAAUACGCUGGCAGAAAAACUGUACAAAACAUACUGCCCCACGACAUACAGUCAUUUGAUUCAAAGGGCAGAAGACAGAGACUUCUCGCAGUAUAAAGACUUCGCUUGACGUGACAUAGGAGAGCAGGGUGAUCCUUCCAGCCCUCCCUCGUCCUGGAGCUAAAACACUCUGUGACCUUUGGCAUCAGCAGCCUGUUCAGUGGUAGAGGCCUUUCAUAACCGCUCUCCUUGCUGUCUUAGGACACCGAGGAGCAUAUACAGAAUGGUCGUGGGUGUCCAUCUGACACGAUGCUAAGGAAUCCUUUGCCUGAGUGGUUUCGGAAAUUCAGUUCUGUUUUCUUAUAGGUGUUUGCAAACCAAGCCUUACUGAAUCAAAGGGACUUACAGGCCUUACUGAUAAGCUUUUUACAGGAAAAAGUUCCAAGGAGAUGCACAGCCUCCUGGUAGGAAGUCCAGAAGCACUUCUGCACCCCUUUGCACUAUUGGCAGCUAUGCAUUUCAUGAAAGCUCACGCAGCAGGUCUUGGGCUUAACUGAGGACUCUGAUGCAGGUGUAAUGGAAGUGCAGUGCAAGCGUGUAGCAGUGUAUGGAUGACAUACGUAGCGCAAACUGCUGCUGUCUUUUCAUUAAGAUAGGCUCUUUUUUUCUGACACAAACUUUACUUUACACCCUACGUUUUUGAGAGGGACCUUAU